CACUCCAGUAGUGAACCUGGAUGAUAGAACUGCGACUAUCAGUAGUCUGAAGAGGGGAAAUGGCAGCUCUGAAGAGAAUGCUGUGUGAUGCCAAGCCAGCAUUAAGGAGAGCUCUUGGGAGCAGCAACAAAAGCUCUUUACUAGAAGCAGCAUCACAAGUGUCAAGCUCACAGCUCACCAGAGAGUGGAUCACCCAUCUCCAUACCGAACAUCACACCAAGGAACACAAGAAAGUCAGGAGAAAAAGUGCUCCAGUCUGUGACCAGUGGAGCCCUGAGCUCCACCAGGGUGCUUCAGCAGUCAGCAGCAGCACACCUGCUGGGAACACCUGUGUCAGUAGAGAUAUAACUGUUGAGACUGACUUACCCUACCUGCUUAACACUAUUGAUGAUCCACACUCAUCAACUAUCAUCAUAUAUCAUAUAAAAGAAGGUGGGUCGGUGGUGGGCCGUGGCGAUGGUGCUGAUGUACAGCUGAUGGGUGAUGGCGUAGCCCCGUCUCACUGUACCUUAGUACAUGCUGCUACUGCUGUUACUCUCAGAUGUCUGAGUGGGUGUGAGGUGAUGGUAAACAGUGAGACUGUUACUGAAGGAGGGUCGAAACGUCUCCGUGACGGAGAUGAGGUCGUUAUUGGCUCAAGAUGCUUCACCUUCCAUGCUCCUACGAGGGUGCGUCCACGCUCUAGCUCCUGUCCCCAACGUGAGGUUGAAGCCAGGAAGUCAGCUGUUCGUCAGAGAAAUGUAUCUCCAACAUUACAGCGUCCUCUAUAUACAUACAGGAAGCAGAGUCGUACAAGUGAGGCAAGCGUUCAAGUGGGAGAUGCUAUAAUUGGCCAAGACGAGACCCAAUUGGAAGACGCAGAUUACACAGGCGCUGAAGAUUCACUUUCUUGCAGCUGCCGUUCAGAAAGUGAGGGUGAAGAACCAGAGCACAACGAAGGAUUGGUAGCUGUAGGAUCUGGUAAGAGGGACCACAUACAUCUACCACUAGAGUCACACACUCAUACGAGACCUACCAGGAUGACUCCCAAAGGCUUCACAUAUGAAGAAGUACAAGACACAGAUCAUAGAUUUACUCCUGGAGAACAUUCCAUCCCUGUAGUUUCAACCCAAGAUGAUCAGGAAAGUACAAAUCACUGCUUGUUUCAUGAUGUUUAUAUUUUUGGUUCAAACACUUCACUAGAAUCUAGUAUAAGUCAGCCAUCUUGUGCUAGUCUGGAUUCUCGCUUAGCUCGUGUUUCUGGUAGCAGUAAUACAUACCAAAGCAGAGUUCUGCCUCACACUUUCUUCCUGGACCUGGACAAAGGUGGUCUGGAUGUCAACUCUGCAUCAAGCACACCACUGAUGUCUCCACAGUCUCCUUCUGAAACUCGUCGACGGUGGGACAAAAAUGUCUGGCCAGAAGUUGAGCGUGGAUUACGUAGGAACCAAAGUGUGCCAGAUAUGGAAUGUGUACAACGAGCAGAUGAACAACCACAUAAGAAACACAGAGGUUUCUCUAGAUAUCGUCAACAACACUAUACUGACGACAGAGAGAAACGACAGAAAAUCAUCGAUGCCGUCACACGUCGUCUGUAUCCAGGUAGUGGUCCUGGAUUUGGGCGACGGAGCAAAAAGACGGCAGAAAAGCCUCACAUUCCAGGAGAACGUGAAUGCCGUUGUCGCAGAAAAGGAGUGUCUAAUGCAGACGCUUGUACUAUGACCUCUGGUAGAAGCAGCGUGUCUGCUGUCAGCACUCCCAGGCUUCUUGACAGAAUACCAUCAGUUGUAUCCGUCACUACGACAUUACCUCAGUAUUCUUCUGGUAACACUUCUCUAACAUGGCGGCGUUGCUCUUUAGACAGUGCCCCCGGGAGCCUUCUGCCACUUCCUGUAUAUAGAGACAAAUUAGAAAGUGACAAGCCUCUGUCUAGUCCCAAAGUAGAAAGUGCAAUACCCAUACCCACUCGGACUUGUAAGCAAGUGACACGACAUGAGGUUAAAACUGCUUCUACUCUAACUAGAACUUUACAUAAAACUGAAACACAAAUUAUCAGUGCUGUUCCACAGGGUGACAAGCCUGAGAUGCGUGACCAGGCAGUUGGUUGUGACACAAGUGAUCUUAAAAAUUGGCUUAAGAAUGUUGUAGGAGAGACUGUAGGUGUACAGGUAGGUAAGUCUUUAUUGUCAAAUGAUAUUGUUAGUCAAACUGAGAUUUCUAUGGGCUCUGAGUUUCACACACAGUCUGUAUAUGAGGAACAGAAGUCACUCAGUGAUGUAAGGGACAGUGGUAGUGGUGAGCAGGAGAAAGAGAGGCGGCGGAUUCCUCUUACUCCUGCCUUGCUCCAGCUUAGACGUGCCUUAGCAUCACUAAAUGACCCUGAGAGGUUUUCGGAUGAUAGCUUGGAACACUGUAAUUUGGAAACAGAUAAGCGUUCACCAUUAAUAGCUAGUCCUAUGCUUGAUGAUGAUGAUGAUGAAGAAAUUUCAUUGGGAGACAUUAGCAAAGAUUCAUUAGAAGACAGUUUAUAUAAUUUAAAUUCGCAGGAUAUUGUCUUUCCUUAUGAGGAUAUUGUAACAUCAUCACCCAAGGUACAUGACUAUGACAUUCCCAGUGAUGGUAGGAGUUGUACUGCUGAUUGUAUCAUACAAGAUCCUGGAGUACAGAAGGACCCAAUUGUUCAGUCUUUCUCUCAGUCUAUUAGUGCCUCCAGUCAAAGCCAGGCUGUUGAUGUUGAAGAGUCUGAGUCAUUGACUGAUAAUAGUGAUGUGGUAAGUUCUGUGAUUGUUGCAUCUUCUCACCAGAGUUUUCACACAACAUCACAGAUGCUUGUUGAUAGAGGAAUGGAAGUGCCUGAUGCUCCAGGUGCUGCCCUAUCAGAGGCUGCAUCAUCAAAAACAGUACGACGAUGGGCCCGUGAGAGAGCAGAAAAGCGUCUAGUAGAUAACACCAGCUCGGAGGACAGUGACGUUGACUCGAGAAGACGACCAAAAUUUAGAAAACGACGCGUUAGAAGAUCAUCUCUCCCUACUAUGUCCCCACCAAUGGUGGAAUGUGCAGAGAAGUCUGACUCAACAGAUUAUGUAUCAGCACAGUAUUCAUCCCCAGAGAAAGUCAGAAGUCUGAAGUAUCUGACUGCUACUGAAACAUCACCUACAGAAUUUGCUGCUACACACAGUCAGAUAUAUGUGAGAAAUGAGGAGCAUAACGAUUUUCCAGCAGUCUCAGGUGAGUGUAAAACUGAAGUUGCAACGAAAAUGAACGAAAGAGAGAUAAUUGAAAGACACAAGCGACCUCACGUUGCAUGUGAACAAGACACUACACAAUGCUUUUCAACUCCUACCCACAUACAAAGUACAAAACUGGAAAUAAAGAAAGAAACCUCAGCUAGUCUUGACUCACAAGAACAGCUGAAAGAAUCUGCCAGGAGAUUAUUACAGACAGUGAGUAAAGAUGGCCCACUCUCAGAAGCUUCUCAAGAUGCUGUCGCAGAUUUACUAAAAGCAUCAUCCCAUAGACUUGCAAGUUUUGCUUUAGCUAUAGCUGAUGAUAGCAUGAAAACAGGAGUUACCUGUCCUCUCUCUGAGAGUGGAACUGCCAAGAAAGAUGACUAUAACACCAUUCAGGGAGAAGAAAGCUUGUAUGAAAGCUCUAGCGAGUAUACGCCCUUCAGAAAAGGGUACACUAGUAUACACACAGCCUCUGACACCGACACAACAUCCAAGGGAUCCUCACCUAAAAAAAUCAAGUUGAAUCAGGUUCCAUUAAAGAAAAAACUGUGCUUUGAAGAACAUACAAGUUUGGUAGAACCCGUAUGUUCCAGUAGCGGAGGUGAACUGUCUGCCACUGAAACAGCAGCAGAUAUAACUGAUGAAAGCACUUCAGUCACCACACCCAUAGCCUCCCCAGUUAGUGAGAUUGGAUCUUUUGAAAGCUCAUUGGAAGAAUUUGAAGCUGAUAUCCAGGAUGAAAGGGGGGGAUUAAGUUUAUCUAAGAAACAUGUGCAAGUGAUAGCAGCCGAGUUUACUCCAAGAACUGCUCGGAGGUUGUUAUAUACCAUCAUAGAGUGUAGUGAAAGCAGUCGCUCUGAAGGUGUGCCUUCAGAGUCAGAUAUAAUUCCUUCAGACUGGCGUGACACUUGUAGUGACGCAGAUGCUGACUCGGUAUCCAUCAGCUAUGAACCUAGUGAAGAGGCAGCAAGUUCCUCUGAUGACACUAUGUUGGACACAGUUCGACCAAACCAAGAUGACGUAGCAGACUUGAAACCAGUUUUAGAGGAAGCUGCAGUUGUGAAUCAGCCCCUCACACAUAGUUUGACCGGCUCGCUCGAACUCCUGACCAAUUUACCAUCAUCAUCAGAAAGUCUGGAUAGGGAAGCAGAGUCCUGGGACACAGACCAUGAGAUUAAACCUCAAGGUUACGAAAGCCCACACGAUGUAAACACCAGCCUAGAUGACACUUCGAGCAACAUAUCCCCGACGGAUGAACAGAUUUUGACAUUCGAACCGGCAUUCUUAGCCAGAGAAAGCCUACCUGAAUGUGUACCAUCCUUGGACCUCUCUCAUCUUCAAAAUUCCCCCAAAUCUAGCCAACCAUCUCACGUAGAAGUAUUAGCUACCCCUCCAUCGUCGCCUGGAAGCUCAACUCUGGUGGAAAGCAUACAACACCUUUCUACAAUUCAACUCAGUCUUAUCUCCACGGAGGCCUAUACCCAAGGCCUACCAGAUUCACUGGUAGCAGUAAAACAGCCAGUCUGUGAAGAGGAAACAAACAAGUUGCCUUUAACAGCAGCAUCUGCCAAGAUGGAUGAUUUCAAAAGCAAAUCUAUUGUGCAAAGUCACACAUACGAAGCAAAACAAAUCAAGCCGCCUCAUCCAGUAGACACAAUUGAUGUAGAUAACAAUGAAGUCCAGCCAUCAGAGACAUCAGUUGUGGUUCAGAGUACUUCAGCAAGUAAUAGGAUGGUGGAAGAAGACACUGCCAGGACAUCAAGUGAAGCAGACAUGUCUCAGACAUCACUGAGUGACAUGACACAUGAUGACGCUACUCAGAGUGAAUAUUGUAACAGGAAUGAGCACACACAGCUCCAAGUUGAACUUUUCAAGCUGCAACUAGAACCUCUGCUGCAAAUUGAACCUGAGUUACGAGAUGAACUAGUGAGCUGCACUCUAACAGUCCCCUGUCACCCUACCCAGAAUUCAGUGUCGAUUACCAGUCUACCCGACACUGUAACAACUGUGAAUCUACCAGACACUGUAACAACUAUCAGUCUACCAGACACUGCAACAACUAUCAGUCUACCAGACACUGUAACAUCUACCAGUCUACCAGACACUGUAACAACUACCAGUCUACCAGACACUGUAACAACUAUCAGUCUACCAGACACUGUAACAACUACCAGUCUACCAGACACUGUAACAACUACCAGUCUACCAGACACUGCAACAACUGUCAGUCUACCAGACACUGAAACAACUAUCAGUCUACCAGACACUGUAACAACUAUCAGUCUACCAGACACUGUAACAACUAUCAGUCUACCAGACACUGUAACAACUACCAGUCUACCAGACACUGUAACAACUACCAGUCUACCAGACACUGUAACAACUAUCAGUCUACCAGACACUGUAACAACUACUAGUCUGCCAGACACUGUAACAACUACCAGUCUAGCAGACACUGUAACAACUACCAGUCUACCAGACACUGUAAAAACUAUAAGUCUUCCAGACACUGUAACAUCUACCAGUCUUACAGACACUGUAACAACUACCAAUCUUACAGACACUGUAACAACUAUGAGUCUACCAGACACUGUAACAUCUACCAGUCUACCAGACACUGUAACAACUAUCAUUCUACAAGACACUGUAACUACCAGUCUACCAGACACUGUAACAACUAUCAGUCUUCCAGACACUGUAACAACUACCAGUCUACCAGACACUGUAACAACUAUCAGUCUACCAGACACUGUAACAACUACCAGUCUACCAGACACUGUAACAUCUAUCAGUCUACCAGACACUGUAACAACUAUCAGUCUACCAGACACUGUAACAACUAUCAGUCUACCAGACACUGUAACAGCUAUCAAUCUACCAGACACUGUAACAACUAUCAGUCUACCAGACACUGUAACAACUGUGGGUCUACCAGACACUGUAACAACUAUCAGUCUACCAGACACUGUAACAACUGCCAGUCUACCAGACACUGUAACAACUGUCAGUCUUCCAGACACUGUAACAACUACCAGUCUACCAGACACUGUAACAACUAUCAGUCUACCAGACACUGUAACAACUGUGGGUCUACCAGACACUGUAACAACUAUCAAUCUACCAGACACUGUAACAACUGUGGGUCUACCAGACACUGUAACAACUGUGGGUCUACCAGACACUGUAACAACUAUCAGUCUACCAGACACUGUAACAACUAUCAGUCUACCAGACACUGUAACAACUACCAGUCUACCAGACACUGUAACAACUAUCAGUCUACCAGACACUGUAACUAUCAGUCUACCAGACAUUGUAACAAAUACCAGUCUACCAGACACUGUAACAACUAUCAGUCUACCAGACACUGUUACAACUAUCAGUCUACCAGACACUGUUACAACUAUCAGUCUACCAGACACUGUAACAACUAUCAGUCUACCAGACACUGUAACAACUAUCAGUCUAACAGGCACUGUAACAACUGCCCGUCUACCAGACAUUAUGACAACUACCAGUCUACCAGACACUGUAACAAUCAGUCUACCAGACACUGUAACUGCCAGUCUACCAGACACUGAAGCAACUACCAGUCUACCAGACACUGUAGCAACUGUCAGUCUACCAGACAUUGUUACAACUACCAGUCUACCAGACACUGUAACAACUAUCAGUCUACCAGACACUUUAACAAUCAGUCUAGCAGACACUGUAACAACUAUCAGUCUAUCAAACUCUGUUACAACUUCCAGUCUACCAGACACUGUAAGAACUAUCAGUCUACCAGGCACUGUAACAACUACCAGUCUAACAGACACUUUAACAAUCAGUCUAGCAGACACUGUAACUGUCAGUCUACCAAACACUGUAACAACUACCAAUCUACCAGACACUGCAACAACUACCAGUCUUCCAGACACUGUAACAACUAUCAGUCUACCAGACACUGUAAAAACUAUCAGUCUACCACACACUGUAACCACUACUCCACCACACACUGUAACUACCACUCUACCACUCACUGUAACUACCACUCCACACACUGUAACCUCUGCUCCACCACACACUGUAACUACCACUCUACCACUCACUGUAACUACCACUCCACACACUGUAACCACCACUCCACCACACACUGUAACCACUACUCCACAACACGCUGUAACCACUCCACAACACGCUGUAACAACCACUACACCACACACUGUAACCACUACUCCACAACACGCUGUAACAACCACUACAUCACACACUGUAACCACCACUCUGCACACUGUAGCUACCACUCCACCACACACUGUAACCACCACUCCACAAACUAUAACUACUCUACACGCUGCAACUACCACUCCACCACACACUGUAACCACCACCCCACCACACACUGUAACCACCACCCCACCACACACUGUAACCACCACCCCACCACACACUGUAACAACCACCCCACCACACACUGUAACCACCACCCCACCACACACUGUAACCACCACCACACCAACUUCAGACCAACUCUUCACAGUUCCCUCUCCCCUCAAAGAUCCGCAUGUACCAGUUAAAUAUCCCACUGUGAAGGAUCCCUGUACACCCUCAGCAACAGGGAUGCCUUCACUGUCUGAAAUCCAAUCCAUCAAAGUCUCAGCAGUGCCUACAGUGCCACAGAUCUCCGCAGCAGACGUAAACACUGCUAAAUCACCAUCAGCCGCUACAGUGAAAGAAAAAAGACCUCAACUGAAGGUGACAGGACUGGUUGAAAUGGAAGUUGACAGAGUGAAUAAAGACUCUGGGACUUCUGAGACAUCACAGGAAUCUGUGGCAGUCAGUGGGGUUGGAAAGUUGCUGUCUGUGGAUAGACAGAAGUCUGUGGAUAGACAGAAGUCUGUGGAGGGGGAGGAAGAGGAGGGUGUCACUGCGAGCUUGUCAGUAAAGGAGAAUUUAACGGUAGAUGUUGACAGUUUUAAACCCCUGACCCCUGAAACCCUUGCCCCUGAAACCCUGACCCCUGAAAUUCUGACACCUGAAACCCUGGCCCCUGAAACCCUGGCCCCUGAAACCCUGACCCCUGAAACCCUGCCCCCUGAAACCCUGGCCUAUGAAACCCUGACCCCUGAAACCCUGGCCUAUGAAACCCUGACCCCUGAAACCCUGGCCCCUGAAACCCUGACCCCUGAAACCCUGACUACUGAAACCCUGGCCUAUGAAACCCUGACCCCUGAAACCCUGGCCCCUGAAACCCUGACCCCUGAAACCCUGACUACUGAAACCCUGACCCCUGUAACCCUGACCCCUGAAGCCCUGGCCCCUGAAACCCUGGCCUCUGAUACCCUGGCCCCUGAAACCCUGGCCCCUGAAACCCUGACCCCUGAAACCCUGACCCCUGAAACCCUGGUCCCUGAAACCCUGGCCCAUGAAACCCAGGCUCCUGAAACCCUGGCCCCUGAAAUCCUGGCCCCUAAAACCCUGGCCCCUGAAACCCUGGCCCCUGAAUCACUGGCCCCUGAAACCCUGGCCCCUGAAACCCUGAGCCCUGAAGCCCUGGCCCCUGAAACCCUGGCCCCUGAAACCCUGGCCCCUGAAACCCUGACCUCUGAUACCCUGGCCCCUGAAACCCUGGCCCCUGAAACCCUAGCCCCUGAAACCCUGACCUCUGAAACCCUAGCCCCUGAAACCCUGACCCCUGAAACCCUGACCCCUGAAACCCUGACCCCUGAAACCCUGACCCUUGAAACCGCUCCUGAAACCCUGACCCCUGAAACCCUGACCCCUGGAAUCCUGGCCUCUGAAAUCCUGGCCCCUGAAAUCCUGGCCCCUGAAACCCUGGUCCUUGAAUCACUGGCCCCUGAAACCCUGGCCCCUGAAACCCUGGCCCCUGAAACCCUGGCCCCUGAAACCCAGGCUCCUGAAACCCUGACCCCUGAAACCCUGACCCCUGGAAUCCUGGCCUCUGAAAUCCUGGCCCAUGAAAUCCUGGCCCCUGAAACCCUGGUCCUUGAAUCACUGGCCCCUGAAACCCUGGCCCCUGAAACCCUGGCCCCUGAAACCCUGAGCCCUGGAGCCCUGGCCCCUGAAACCCUGGCCCAUGAAACCCUGGCCUCUGAUACCCUGGCCCCUGAAACCCUGGCCCCUGAAACCCUAGCCCCUGAAACCCUGGCCCCUGAAACCCUGACCCCUGAAACCCUGACCCCUGAAAACCCUGACCCUGAAACCCUGACCCUUAAAACCUGGCCCCUAAAACCCCUGGCCCCUAAAACCCUGACCCCUGAAAUCCUGGCCCCUGAAAUCCUGGCCCCUGAAAUCCUGGCCCCUGAAACCCUGACCCCUGAAACCCUGGCCCCUGAAACCCUGGCCCCUGAAACCCUGGCUCCUGAAACCCUGACCCCUGAAACCCUGACCCCUGGAACCCUGGCCUCUGAAAUCCUGGCCCCUAAAAUCCUGGCCCCUGAAACCCUGGCCCCUGAAUCACUGGCCCCUGAAACCCUGGCCCCAGAAACCCUGAGCCCUGAAGCCCUGGCCCCUGAAACCCUGGCCCCUGAAACCCUGGCCCCUGAAACCCUGGCCUUUGAUACCCUGGCCCCUGAAACCCAGGCCUCUGAUACACUGGCCCCUGAAACCCUGACCUCUGAAACCCUGGCCCCUGAAACCCUGACCCCUGAAACCCUGACCUUUGAAACCCUGACCCUUGAAACCCUGGCCCCUGAAACCCUGGCCCCUGAAACCCUGGCCCCUGAAACCCUGACCCCUGAAAUCCUGGCCCCUAAAAUCCUGGCCCCUGAAACCCUGGCCCCUGAAUCACUGGCCCCUGAAACAUUGACCCCUGAAACCCUGACCCCUGAAACCCUGGCCCCUGAAAUUCUGGCCCUUGAAACCCUGACCCCUGAAGCCCUGGCCCCUGAAACCCUAGCCCCUGAAACCCUGGCCCCUGAAGCCCUGGCCCCUGAAACCCUAGCACCUGAAGCCCCUGAAACCCUGGCCCCUGAAACCCUAGCCCCUGAAGCCCUGGCCCCUGAAGCCCUGGUCCCUAAAACCCUGGCCCCUGAAACCCUGGCCCCUGAAACCCUGCCCCCUGAAGCCCUGGCCCCUGAAACCCUGGCCCCUGAAACCCUGGCCCCUGAUACCCUGGCCCCUGAAACCCUGGCCCCUGAAACCCUGGCCCCUGAAACCCUGGCCCCUGAAACCCUGGCCCCUGAAACCCUGGCCCCUUAUACCCUGGCCCCUGAAACCCUGGCCCCUGAAACCCUGGCCCCUGAAACCCUGGCCCCUGAAACCCUGGCCCCUGAAACCUUGGCCCCUGAAACCCUGGCCCCUGAAACCCUUGCCCCUGAAACCCUGGCCCCUGAAACCCUGGCCCCUGAAGCCCUGGCCCCUGAAACCCUGGCCCCUGAAACCCUGGCCCCUUAUACCCUGGCCCCUGAAACCCUGGCCCCUGAAACCCUGGCCCCUGAAACCCUGGCCCCUGAAACCCUGGCCCAUGAAACCCUGGCCCCUGAAACCCUGGCCCCUUAUACCCUGGCCCCUGAAACCCUGGCCCCUGAAACCCUGGCCCCUGAAACCCUGGCCCCUGAAACCCUGGCCCCUUAUACCCUGGCCCCUGAAACCCUGGCCCCUGAAACCCUGGCCCAUACACAACCAGUAACUGAAAAAACUUCUCUAAGAACGAAAGUAAAAAUUAAACCGGUUUUAAUUAAGCAAAAUGCUGUGGACAGUUACUUACAGUCAGUAACUGUUGUUGACAGUGAGUUACAGUCAGUAACUGCUGUGGACAGUGACUUACAGUCAGUAACUGAUGUGGACAGUGUCUUACAGUCAGUAACUGAUGUGGAGGACAGUGUCUUACAGUCAGUAACUGCUGUGGACAGUGUCUUACAGUCAGUAACUGAUGUGGAGGACAGUGUCUUACAGUCAGUAACUGUUGUUGAGGACAGUGUCUUACAGUCAGUAACUGUUGUUGAGGACAGUGACUUACAGUCAGUAACUGUUGUGGAAGACAGUGUCUUACAGUCAGUAACUGCUGUGGAGGACAGUGUUUUACAGUCAGUAACUUCUGUGGACAGUGACUUUCAGUCAGUAACUCCUGUGGACAGUGACUUUAGGUCAGUAACUCCUGUGGACAGUGACUUGCAGUCAGUAACUCCUGUGGACAGUGACUUUCAGUCAGUAACUCCUGUGGACAGUGACUUGCAGUCAGUAACUCCUGUGGACAGUGACUUGCAGUCAUACUUCUCAGUAACUCCUGUGGACAGUGACUUUAGGUCAGUAACUCCUGUGGACAGUGACUUGCAGUUGGUAACUCCUGUGGACAGUGACUUUCAGUCAGUAACUCCUGUGGAAAACAGUGUCUUACAGUCAGUAACUGUUGUGGAGGACAGUGUCUUACAGUCAGUAACUGUUGUGGAGGACAGUGUCUUACAGUCAGUAACUGAUGUGGACAGUGUCGUACAGUCAGUAACUGCUGUGGACAGUGUCUUACAACCAGUAACUGUUGUGGAAGACAGUGACUUAAAAUCAGUAACUGCUGUGGACAGUGACUUACAGUCAGUAACUGCUGUGGACAGUGUCUUACAGUCGGUAACUGUUGUGGAAGACAGUGUCUUACAGUCGGUAACUGUUGUGGAAGACAGUGUCUUACAGUCAGUAACUGAUGUGGAGGACAGUGUCUCACAGUCAGUAACUGCUGUGGACAGUGUCUCACAGUCAGUAACUGCUGUGGACAGUGUCUUACAGUCAGUAACUGAUGUGGAGGACAGUGUCUUACAGUCAGUAACUGCUGUGGACAGUGUCUUACAGUCAGUAACUGUUGUGGAGGACAGUGUCUUACAGUCAGUAACUGAUGUGGAGGACAGUGUCUUACAGUCAGUAACUGAUGUGGAGGACAGUGUCUUACAGUCAGUAACUGUUGUGGAGGACAGUGUCUUACAGUCAGUAACUGUUGUGGAGGACAGUGUCUUACAGUCAGUAACUGUUGUGGAGGACAGUGUCUUACAGUCAGUAACUGCUGUGGACAGUGUCUUACAGUCAGUAAGUUCUGUGGAGGACAGUGUCUUACAGUCAGUAACUGAUGUGAAGGACAGUGUCUUACAGUCAGUAACUGUUGUGAAGGACAGUGUCUUACAGUCAGUAACUGUUGUGAAGGACAAUGUCUUACAGUCAGUAACUGAUGUGGAGGACAGUGUCUUACAGUCAGUAACUGAUGUGGACAGUGUCUUACAGUCAGUAACUGAUGUGGAGGACAGUGUCUUACAGUCAGUAACUGAUGUGGAGGACAGUGUCUUACAGUCAGUAACUGCUGUAGAGGACAGUGUCUUACAGUCAGUAACUGUUGUGGACAGUGUCUUACAGUCAGUAACUGCUGUGGAGGACAGUGUCUUACAGUCAGUAACUGCUGUAGAGGACAGUGUCUUACAGUCAGUAACUGCUGUAGAGGACAGUGUCUUACAGUCAGUAACUGAUGUGGACAGUGUCUUACAGUCAGUAACUGAUGUGGACAGUGUCUUACAGUCAGUAACUGAUGUGGACAGUGUCUUACAGUCAGUAAAUGAUGUGGACAGUGUCUUACAGUCAGUAACUGUUGUGGAGGACAGUGUCUUACAGUCAGUAACUGCUGUGGAGGACAGUGUCUUACAGUCAGUAACUGCUGUAGAGGACAGUGUCUUACAGUCAGUAACUGCUGUAGAGGACAGUGUCUUACUGUCAGCAGCUGCUGUGGACAGUGUAUUACAGUCAGUAACUGCUGUGGAAGACACUGUCUCACAGUCAGUAACUGCUCUGAAGGACAGUGUCUUUCAGUCAGUAACUGCUGUAGAGGACAGUGACUUACAGUCAGUAACUCCUUUUGACAGUGACUUACAGUCAGUAACUCCUUUGGACAGUGACUUACAGUCAGUAACUCCUUUGGACAGUGACUUACAGUCAGUAACUCCUUUGUACAGUGACUUACAGUCAGUAACUCCUUUGGACAGUGACUUACAGUCAGUAACUCCUUUGGACAGUGACUUACAGUCAGUAACUCCUUUGUACAGUGACUUACAGUCAGUAACUCCUUUGGACAGUGACUUACAGUCAGUAACUCCUUUGGACAGUGACUUACAGUCAGUAACUGCUGUAAAACCAGAGGAUUCUGUAGACAAGGUCAGUGAUAAUCAGUACUUAGGGUCAUCUCCACCACAGACCUCUGCUGUGGGAAGCACCUCUCUCAGCACUGCUGUGGGAAGCACCUCUCUCAGCACUGCUGUGGGAAGCACCUCUCUCAGCACUGCUGUGGGAAGCACCUCUCUCAGCACUGCUGUGGGAAGCACCUCUCUCAGCACUGCUGUGGGAAGCACCUCUCUCAGCACUGCUGUGGGAAGCACCUCUCUCAGCACUGCUGUGGGAAGCACCUCUCUCAGCACUGCUGUGGGAAGCACCUCUCUCAGCACUGCUGUGGGAAGCACCUCUCUCAGCACUGCUGUGGGAAGCACCUCUCUCAGCACUGCUGUGGGAAGCACCUCUCUCAGCACUGCUGUGGGAAGCACCUCUCUCAGCACUGCUGUGGGAAGCACCUCUCUCAGCACUGCUGUGGGAAGCACCUCUCUCAGCACUGCUGUGGGAAGCACCUCUCUCAGCACUGCUGUGGGAAGCACCAUUUCUGAGAGAGGUGGUCCUCUUUCAUCUGUGGUUCUUACUGAGAAAGUCGACUCCACAGAGAUGCUGGACCAACACAGCCCACAGACUUCAAUCGCUCCAAUAUUUCUCACUCAGAGAGAAGCCUGUACCAUAUUAGAGGACACUGGUAUAACUUAUAGGCCUAAGAGUAGGCUGGUUCGCAUUUCACAGCAAACUGCAGUGGUGGAAGGCAGCAGUACACUGACAGGGCCGCCACAGUACACUGUAAUCCAAUCUACUGAGAACACUGUACUUGAUACAGUGAUUCCUGCACUGUUGGUGACUUCUGCUGUGGAAGUCAGCAGGUCUAUCAGUGCUGACGUUGUGAUCCCAAGUGCUGACGGUACUGCAGCAACAUCAGCAACUAAGAUGACAGUGGAUGAGGUUGACAGUCAGACAGAUAAGGCGGACAGUAUCCAUACACAGGCUGACACUAUAGACUCACAGGCUGUCACUGUACACACACACACUGACGGUAUGCACACAGAGGAGGCUGACAGCAUACACACACAGGCUGACAGCACUCACACACAGGCUGACAGCAUUCUCAGAGAAACACCACAGACAGAAACACUGCCACACAACACACAGCAACACACUCCAGCAGCACCUGACAGCACAAUGGCUGACAGCAGACACCAAGCAGACAUUUCAGUAAGACAUAAGGAUGCAGAUGUCAGCCUUUCAGAGCUAGAGUCUUCAGCAGUGACGUCGCUAAUACCAGAUGCGACUUUAGCAGUGACGUCAUUAAUACCACUAGAUGUGACUUCAACAGUGACAUCUCUAAUACCACAAGAUGUGACUUCAGUAGCAGUGACGUCACUAAUACCAGAUGUGACCUCAGUAGCAAUGACGUCAGUAAUACCAGAAGAUGUGAUUUCAGAAGCAGUGACAUCUCUCAUACCAGAAGAUUUGAAUUCAGCAAAAGUGACGUCACCAGCGCCAGAGGAUUUUUCAGCAGUGACGUCACUAAUGCCUGAAGAUGUGACUUCAGAAGCAGUGAUGUCUCUAAUAUCAGGUGUGACAGAAGCAGUGAUGUCACAAGUGCCAUAUGUGACUUCAGCAGUAACGUCACUAAUGGAAGAUGUGACUUCAGAAGCAGUGAUGUCACUAAUACCGGAAGAUGUGACUUUAGUAUCGGUGAUGUCACUAACACCCGAUGUGACUUUAGAAACAGUGACGUCGGCAGUACAAAAUGUGACUUCAGCCACAUCAGACGUGACUACAGAAACAGUGGUAUCACUAAUACGAGAUGUGACUUCAGUAGCAGUGACGUCACCAAUACCAGAUGUGACUUCAGAAGCAGUGACGUCACUAAUACCAGAAGAUGUGACUUCAGUAGCAGUGACAUCACUAAUGUCAGAUGUGACUUCAGUAGCAGUGAUGUCACCAAUAAGAGACGUGACUUCAGAAUCAGUGACGUCACUAAUGCCAAAUGUGACUUCAGAAGCAGCGACGUCUCUAAUAACAGAAGAUAUGACUUCAGACGCAGUGACGUUACUAAUACCAGACGUGACCUCAGAAGCAGUGACGUCUCUAAUACCAGAAGAUGUCAUGACUUCAGGAGCAACGUCUCUAAUAACAGAAGCUGUGACUUCAGAAGCAGUGACGUCACUAAUACCACAUGUGAAUUCAGUAGCAGUGACGUCACUAAUACCUGACGUGACUUCAGAAGCAGUGACGUCACUAAUAGCAGAUGUGACUUCAGUAGCAGUGACAUCACUAAUACCAGAAGUUACUUCGGAAGCAGUGACGUCUCUAGUACCAGAUGUGACUUCAAAAGCACUGACGUCUCAAAUACCAGAAGAUGUGACUUCAGUAGCAGUGACGUCUCUAAUACCAGAAGAUGUGACUUCAGAAGCAGUGACGUCUCUAAUACCAGAUGUGACUUCAGGAGCAGUGACAUCAAUAAAAGAUGUAACUUCAGCAGUAACAUCACUACCAGAAGAUGUGACUUCAGUAGUAGUGACGUCUCUAAUACCAGGUGUGACUUCAGGAGCAGUGACGUCAAUAAAAGAUGGCACUACUCCAGCAGACAUUUAUCAAGCAGAAAACUCUGCCAAGAAUGUCAUGGAAGGAAAGAAACUCUCCGCAGACAUUUAUCCAGCAGAAACACUACCAACACUUGUCAUGGAAGACAGCACUGCUCCAGCAGACAUUUAUCCAGCAGAAACACUACCCACACUUGUCAUGGAUGACAGCACUACUACAGCAGACAUUUAUCAAGCAGAAACACUACCCACACUUGUCAUGGAUGACAGCACUACUACAGCAGACAUUUAUCAAGCAGAAACUCUACCAUCACAUGACAAGGAUGACAGGACCACUCCAGCAGACAUUUAUCCAGCAGAAACACUACCAACACAUGACAUGGAUGACAUCACUACUCCAGCAGACAUUUAUCAAGCAGAAAUACUACCAACACAUGACAUGGAUGACAGCACUACUCCAGCAGACAUUUAUCAAGCAGAAACACUACCAACACAUGACAUGGAUGACAGCACUACUCCAGCAGACAUUUAUCAAGCAGAAACACUACCAACACAACCUGUGAUGGAAGAGAGCACUACUCCAGCAGACAUUUAUCAAACAGAAACACUACCAACACAACCUGUGAUGGAAGACAGCACUGUUCCAGCAGACAUUUAUCAAGCAGAAACACUACCAACACAACCUGUGAAGGAAGAGAGCACAACUCCAGCAGACAUUUAUCAAGCAGAAACACUAACAACACAACCUGUGAAGGAAGAGAGCACAACUCCAGCAGACAUUUAUCAAGCAGAAAUACUACCAACACAUGACAUGGAUGACAGCACUACUCCAGCAGACAUUUAUCAAGCAGAAACACUACCAACACAACCUGUCAUGGAAGAGAGCACUAUUCCAGCAGACAUUUAUGAAGCAGAAACACUGCCGGUGCAUGUCAUGGAAGGCAGCACUACUCGAGCAGACAUCUAUCCAGCAGAAACACUACCAACACAUGUCAUGGAUGACAUCAGUACUCCAGCAGACAUUUAUCUAGCAGAAAUUCUUCCAACACAUGACAUGGAUGACAGCACUACUCCAGCAGACAUUUAUCAAGCACAAACACUACCAACACAACCUGUGAUGGAAGAGAGCACUACUCCAGCAGACAUUUGUCAAGCAGAAACUAUACCAAGACAAGUCAUGGAAGACAGUACAACUCCAGCAGACACUAAUCAAGCAGAAACACGACCAAUACAGUAUGCCAUGGAAGACACCAUUACCCCAGCAGACAUUUAUCAAGCAGAAACACUAACAACACAUGACAUGAAACACAUCACUAUUGCAGCAGACACUUAUCAAGAAGAAACACUACGAACACAUGUCAUGGAAGGCAACAUUGCUCCAGCAGACAUUUACCAAGCACAAACACUUCCAACACAUGUCAUAGAAGACAGCACUACUCCAGCAGACACCUUCCAAGCAGAAACACUUCCAACACCUCAUAAUGUAAGCAGCACUUUUCGAGCAGACACUUACCCAGCACCACUAAUCGUAGGCAGCAAUGCUCACGCAGACACUUAUCGAUCAGGCACUUACCCAACGCCACUUACUAUCGCAGGCGUCACUGUUCCAGCAGACAUUCGAUCACCGGAAAUUUCGGUGGAGCAAGUCUGCCAUCCAGCAGUGACACCACCGCUACCUUCCGCUAUAAAUACCAACACUUCUCCUCCUUUACCUCUUCCUACUCCAGUAGUUGAAGGGUUGACUUCUCAAUUAUUUGACUCGUUUGUACUUCAGGAAAUGGAGAUGGUCGCAGAACUGUGCACCGAGGCAGCGUUUUUUCCAGCCCCGAAGCACUGCCUUGUGGAUGGCAGCUCUCUGCUGGAGGAUGGCACUGUGCCAUCCAGUACCAUGGUGGAUGGCAGUUCCCCACAGGAUGAUGACACUGUGCCAUCUAGCACCAUAGUAGAUGGCAGUUCCCUGCAGGAUGAUGGUACUGUGCCAUCCAGUACCAUGGUGGAUGGCUGUGCCCCACAGGAUGAUGGUGCUGUGCCAUCUGGUACCAUGGUGGAUGGCAGUCUCCCACAGUUUCCCACUGUGCCAUCUAGUACCAUGGUGGAUGGCAGUACCUCACAGGAUGAUAGCACUGUGCGAUCCAGUACCAUGGAUGGCAGUACCCCACAGGAUGGCACUGUGCCAUCCAGUACCAUGGAUGGCAGUACCCCACAGGAUGGCACUGUGCCAUCCAGUACCAUGGAUAGCAGUACCCCACAGGAUGGCACUGUGCCUCAAGGACACACAGGGAGAGUGAACGUCCUUCAAGGAGCGAGAGGAUCAACAUCUUUCAACAUUGUGGCUGAGGACACCAAUACACUGCAAGAUGUCACUGGCAUUCUACCAAACAACAUUAUGCAACAGGUUGAUGCACUGCAACCUGCAACUACCAUAGCACCAUAUCAUGUCCUGGUAGUUGACACUGCUUGCACCUUGCAAGAAGACAAGAUUGAGGAAGGAAGUGUCAGUGAGGCACUGCUUCUGCUGACCCCAGGCACUGUGCCUCCUUUUCCAGCACAGAUUUUAGUAGUGGACAAAGAUUCUCAACCUGGGACUCAGCCAGUGGAAACCCUGAUUGAAGCCUCCUGUAGGGAAGCUUUCAUUAGUCCACUGAAGGACACCAGAGUUGAAGACUCCAGUAGUCCACUGAAGGACACCAUAAUUGAAGACUCCGGUAGUCCACUGAAGGACACCAGAGUUGAAGACUCCAGUAGUCCACUGAAGGACACCAGAGUUGAAGACUCCAGUAGUCCACUGAAGGACACCAGAGUUGAAGACUCCAGUAGUCCACCUAAGGGCACUAUAGUUGGAUCCUUCGGCAGUGAAAUCUGCACUACUCAAACCAGCUUUCACGAAGCACUGACUUUACCAGUACAACAGUGCCCUCUAGUUAAUAUCCAUGAGUCUGUAAGUCCUCAUACAGGACUGUACUCUGUGGCUUCCGUCAGUGCUCAUAGAGUACAGCCUCGGACGACAGGGAGUCCUCUGAGAGAUGUCAACACACAUCCAUGUCCUGAAGAGAUGCUUAUUGAGGAUGAUAGCAGUUAUCAAAUUCUCUCUGACGAAGAUAACUUAAAUAACUUGUCAGUAGAGAGAGAUGGAUCACAAGAGUUCCACAAGGACAGUAACACAUUGUCAGCAGUGACUGACAGAGUACAGGUCACCCUGUCAGACACACACACAUCACCAGUUGAUUCUGUAGUGGAAGUCCAUCCCACUGACACUAUUCACACGCACCAGACACCACUGCAGUAUGCAUCCUGGUCACAUAUUUCUCCCACUGACGAAACAUCAGGUACUGAAUUGAGUGUUGCUGAUACUGCAUCAGCAGUGGCAACACUCCAGCUUAACUAUGCUGUAGAAAUGUGCCCACUGGCAACAUCAACACCCACUGAUAUGCAGUGUAAUGACUUCCAGAACAUUGCAACAUCUCCCGUUGGCACUGUUGAUAAGAGUGCAAACAUGGCAGACACCACCGUGCAUAAACAUGGCAGACUCCAAUUGCAAGAACCUUCCCUUGUUGAUCAGUGCAACAUACAAGGCAGUGUUCAUCUUGAUGUUGCACUGAUGUUCAAGGAUGUUCAAGGUGCUGAUGAACAUAUAUGCAAAGACACACUAUCAGUAUGUAUAGAUGGCAGUAUUGCUCCAGCAGACACUUAUCAAGCAGAUGUUCUCCUAACACAUGUGGAAGGCAGCACUACUCCAGCAGACACUUAUCAAGCAGAAGCACUGCCAAUAAGAUAUGCCGUGGAAGGCAGCACUACUCCAGCAGACAUUUAUCAAGCAGAAACACUCCCAACACAUGUCAUGGAAGGCAGCACUACUCCAGCAGACGCUUAUCAAGCAGAAACACUAGCAACCUCGCAUGUGGAAGGCAGCGCAACACAAGCAAACACUGUCCUGGCACCACACACUUGCAGAGUCACAGUGCCUAGUACUGAGGUGACAAAGGCCUCAAGCAGACACAGUGCAAAGGUGCCAACACCUCACUGUUCCAUCUUACCAGUGAGUACAUAUACUCCUGAUUCUGUCAGUACCUCUCCAGAGCACACCUUUGUAGAGGAGAGAAUAUUUGUUUCACAGGAUACCUUUGUAGAGGAGAGAACACUUGUUCCACAGGGAACCUUUGUAGAGGAGAGAACACCUGUUCCACAGGAAACCUUUGUAGAGGAGAGAACACCUGUUCCUCAGGAAACCUUUGUAGAGAAGAGAACACCUGUUCCUCUGGAAGCCUUUGUAGAGGAGAGAACACCUGUUCCACAGGAAACCUUUGUAGAGGAGAGAACACCUGUUUCACAUGAAACCUUUGUAGAGGAGAGAACACCUGUUCCUCUGGAAACCUUUGUAGAGGAGAGAACACCUGUUCCUCUGGAAACCUUUGUAGAAGAAAGAACACCUGUUCCUCUGGAAACCUUUGUAGAAGAAAGAACACCUGUUCCUCUGGAAACCUUUGUAGAGGAAAGAACACCUGUUCCACAGGAUAUCUUUGUAGAGAGAACACUUGUUCCACAGGAAACCUUUGUAGAAGAAAGAACACCUGUUCCACAGGAAACCUUUGUAGAGGAAAGAACACCUGUUCCACAGGAUAUCUUUGUAGAGAGAACACUUGUUCCACAGGAAACAAUUGUGGAGGAGAGAACACCUGUUCUGCAGGAAACCUUUGUAGAGGAGAGAACACCUGUUCUGCAGGAAACAAUUGUGGAGGAGAGAACACCUGUUCUGCAGGAAACCUUUGUAGAGGAGAGAACACCUGUUCUGCAGGAAACCUUUGUAGAGGAGAGAACAUCUGUUCCACAGGAAACCUUUGUAGAGGAAAGAACAUCUGUUCCUCUGGAAACCUUUGUAGAAGAGAAAGCAUCUGUUCCACAGGAUGCCUUUGUAGAUGAGAGAACACCUGUUCCAGAGGAUACCUUCGUAAAAGAGAAAACACCUGUAGGACUGAUCCCACAAAAAUAUUCCAAAGGUAAUGAUGAAUAUUCUCCCUAUGUCAAAUUAAAGAAAGAAAUUGUAUAUGUGAUAGGUAUGGAAGGUCUUUCUAGUGCACCUGUGGAUCCUUCUAGUGCACCUGUGGAUCCUUCUAGUGCACCUGUGGAUCCUUCUAGUGCACCUGUGGAUCCUUCUAGUGCACCUGUGGAUCCUUCUAGUGCACCUGUGGAUCCUUCUAGUGCACCUGUGGAUCCUUCUAGUGCACCUGUGGAUCCUUCUAGUGCACCUGUGGAUCCUUCUAGUGCACCUGUGGAUCCUUCUAGUGCACCUGUGGAUCCUCAGUGCACUUGGAUCAGUGCACCUGUGGAUCCUUCUAGUGCACCUGUAGAUCUUACUAGUGUACCUGUGGAUCUUGCUAGUGUACCUGUGGAUUUUACGAGUGUACCUGUGGAUCUUACUAGUGUGCCUGUGGAUCUUACUAGUGUGCCUGUGGAUCUUGCUAGUGUACCUGUGGAUCUUAGGAGCGUACCUGUGGAUUUUACUAGUGUACCUGUGGAUCUUGCUAGUGUGCCUGUGGAUCUUACUAGUGUGCCUGUGGAUCUUACGAAUGUACCUGUGGAUCUUAUGAGUGUACCUGUGGAUUUUACUAGUGUAUCUGUGGAUCUUGCUAGUGUACCUAUGGACAUUACUGGUGUACCCAUGGAUCUUACGAGCAUACGUAAGUGUUCGUUAAUUGACCAAAGGUCCACUGUACCAAGUCAAUUGGAUUCUACAUUGCACUCUGCAACAGUAGAGUGCAAUGUUUCCCCUCGUGCACUCACAACACUGGCUGCAACCUAUGGAUCUCAACUUGCUGAUGUGCCUCUACUGGAACACUCAACCUUAAGCGUCCAGAAAAAGGAAUUUGAUCCUCUAUACCCACUCCAAUAUGCCAGUGAAAAUGAAGGGGAAUUUAGAUCUGAAGCUGUGUCCGCUGCUCAGAAUGUUCAUUUGCCUCUUAGACAUGGGAUUAGGACUGUUGGUGAACGACAUGAGAUUAGAUUAACCACAGAUCAAUUAGAUAUUCACAGAGAAGGCUUGGACAAUGCAUCACUGUUGAGGGAAGAUAGCAUUAGAGAGAGUGAGAGAGAGGUAGCAGGAACACGCAGAGAUUAUUUCUUCAGGGAAGACUGUGAAGGCACAGUACACACAGUGACUGAAAUGUCUGACAAGCAUGAAGUAUCUGGUGAGGACUUUACAGUAACUACAGACAGAAGAAUGACCAUCAUGGACAGGUUAAUGUCUGACAUCAAGCAUGAAAUUCCUGGUGAGGACUUUACAAUUACUACAGAAAGAAGAAUGACUGUCACUGACAAGCAUGAAAAACCUGGUACGGACUUCAUAUCUACAGGUACAACUUCGACCAUCAGUGACCAGACAUUAAUUCCGACUUCCAAGUCAGCCAAAACCUCUGUGCCCAUUUCUGAAGUGCAUGUGCUUGCCGACACUAGCGAUAGAAACCUUAUUAGCAAAUGCAAAACAACACUGUCAUCUUGCGAUGUUCCUCGUGCAACAUUGAUCAAAGAAGGCUUGGUAGAUGAGAGUAUAGAAUACACUGCUGAUACAAAGCCAGAAGGUGAGUCACAUUUUCGCCAUUAUGGCAAAAGUGUUGGUCUCACAAGCGCUCAGCCAGGUAAGGACAACUUAUCAUGUGGUACUGAGAGCCAUAUCGUUGUCGGCAACACCUUUACUGGCCAGGGCGCGUUGGCAGACUUACAUAAACUCUCUGGAGAAUACACUGCAGAGCGUUGUGAUAAGCUUGACACAGUGUACGACGCACCUGUGUCACUAACAUCUGCAGAACACACUGCAAGGCGUCGUGAUAAGUUUGACACAGAAUACGAUACAAAAGUGUCGGAAGACUUUAGAGCCUUCCCAGCACUUGAUUCAGAGAAGAAACAUGAUGCUUCAGCAACCUCUUUCAGUAGCGGCACUUCAGCUUUAUCUGAAAGGUUAAUUAAAGAUAAUAUAACGCCAAGUUCUGCAGUGAACACUGCUCAAGAAGUUAAUGAUGGUCAAUUAAAAAACACAAACAAAUACCAGACUCUGGAACCUAGUUUAUGGAGUCAGUCUGAUGUAAGUGGAAUCAACACAGCUCCUGCCAGACGUUCAGAAGAUGGGGAUCAAUCAUCUAUUACCUAUGGUACCUCUGUGCAGCAUGAAGUUGAGAAAACAGACACAGAAAGCAAUCUGUUAAAACUGGUAUAUCGUGAUAUCCCUAAAGGCAACAAGUCUGCCAUUCCUGGAGAUAAAGGAACCAGCAGCCAAGACAUCCAAAGUACACUUUUAGAUCACAAAAGUCAUGUUGAUUUAAUUUUAGAAGCUUCAAUCCACCAAGUAACUGAGACCACCAGUGACCCUCUUCACCCCAGUUUAACUCCUCAAAUGAAUAUUGUAGAAAGCAGUGCUUCUGAUGGUAGUAACAUAGGAGGUAUAACAUCUACUCUUAGGACUGUUUAUAUUUCAGAUUCAGUGGAUCAGCUCCAGUCAUCAAGAGAACGGGAAGAAGUUACAGCCGAGAAACAGCCCAAGCAGAUGUUUGAGAAAGCUUUGUAUGAGAGGUCAAACAUCCCUAGUGAUGAUGGUGUAAGUCUGUCUAAGAGCGACGUACAUAGAGCAUCUGAGGAACAAGCGUGUGAGGAUACAGAUAUACGUGAUGCGUAUGAUAGUUCACAUCAGACUAAGUUCAGCUCACUAAAGAGUACUAGAGUACAGGUUAUGGAGGACUUAAGCCACCUCAGAAAGCCAGUCGCCUCUGAUCGAGAUUUAGCAAGUAUAAAGAGGCGUAUUUACUCACGGAAGCAUGCAGGUGGCCUCAAAAAAUGCUCCGACGUGGGUGAAUUUGAUGUUCCAAAAGACGUGUUGCAUAAGACAGACUCUGCUGCAAUGGGAAUUGAAAGCAAGAAUUUGUUGCAAGCAAGAAAGAGAUGGAAUGAGUUAAGCCCUGACAUAAGUAGCACACUAGAAGGUGCUACCGAACUAGCUGUGACAAGCCAGCAUAGUACAACACAACACUACACUCUACCUGAUCAACAUAGUGCACACCAGCAGGAGACCUCAAAUAUUAGAGGGAAAAAAUUAAUCUAUUUAUCAGAAAAAGUUAAUUCUAAAUCACCUGUGGACAGAUCACAAAAAGCUGCGAGUGAGACACACGGGCCAUUUAUUCCUCCGGUCAAAGAAACUGUGCCUCCAGCAACGUGUGACAUAGACAGUACAAAUGUCACAGCUUCCCAGUAUGCAUCUGGGAAAGUUACACAUGAACACACACUCAAAACCAAUGUUCAACAUUACACAAGUUACUCAGAUAAGGACACUCUUCAACAUUCAGUUCAAGGUACCAGUACAAAGCUAUAUUAUGAUGUAGGUCAUGCAUUAAGCCCAGCUACUGGGGACCUCGUAGAGACAGACAACGAUGGCAGCAAAUCGGAUGACAGCGUGACACACAAGGUUAUGUCUCAAAUUUUGUGGUCUGAAGGUGCACAGGUAGAUCUAAAAAAGUGUGGAGGUAACACCUCUAGCUGGGAUAAAAAACAAGAAGAAAGAUUGGACAAACAGUCAGGUCACAGGUCCUCAGGAGAGGCAGAAGCUAAACCUCUGAUCUCCUGUACAAAACCAGCUGACAGAGUAAGUGUUUUACAUCGUGCAACUCCUGACAAGAGCGACACACACACACAGAUGUCAAGUUUAUCUCUGGUUAGUAAAGACAAAAGGGAACCAAAGCAGAUUGAAAAAUUGACUUCACCUUCCUGGCAGGGCAAGUUUUUGAUGGCACGAGACUGCACAAGUGAUGACUUCGGAGCUUCAGAUGAGAGCAUCACCUUUGUAUUCAUGACUCCUGGAGAAGAUGGUGAAGCUGCAGCUACAGGACAUGUGCUAAGGGACACCAUAGCCCAGUCAAUAAGUUCCAAUUACCACAGCUCCUCAGAUUUAUCCCAUGCAGGUUUGAGCACUGGUCACCAAAGAGAUCCACAACAUGUACAUUUCUAUGACCUCUACAAAGCAAACUGUGGACAUUUAGUGCGCACCACUUCUCUUGACUCCAUUUGUGGUGUUCUCCAUAAGAUCAGGAUUUCAAGGCUAAAGACAACACUUCAACGUACUUGUAGCCUGGAGGAUGAUGUUAACCAAGAACUGGAGGACAUCUUAGAGAGAGGCAGACUCUUUUCUUCCAAAGAAUCUCUCGCAGGCAUAGGAACGAGUGAUUUCCAGCUGCCAAAACCACAAGCUUCAUAUAAAGCAAUGAAAGAUUAUAGCAAGCAAGAGAAUACAGACACAGUAUUUAGUCCAGCGACUAUGGUUGAUAAAGCUGCCGUCAGUGAUACUAGUGAGGAUGUGUUUACAAAGGCAUCUCCUCCCCCUCCUACUACAUUUGGUCAGGCUAACUGGCUGGAGUUUAAAAGCCUUAUACUUGGACGUCCUCUCCCACCUUCAUCAGUACGUAGUAUUACAGGAGAGUCAAGUAAAUCAUCUCCACAGUUACACCCAAACAAGAAAACUGAGAAUUUAGGCAAAAAAUCAGUGUCAUGGACAGAUUUGAAGGGCUGUGGAGCACUGGAGGUAGAGGUACCUGAAUUUCUGGGAGCUCGAGAGAAUGUUAUGCCUAAUAUACACCUGAGAUCAAUCAUGAAGAAACCGUUGUUAUCCCCAAUUGCUCCCACUCCACCGCCUCCCACUCCACCAACACCACCACGCUCUUCUCAGCAGGCAACUCUUCCACCUCACAGCACUCCACGUCCUGCAUCUCCACAUCCUAUUAAUUUUGGGAUAGGUGGCAGUUCUUCCCUUGAGGAAGAUACUAAUGAGGAUGACCUUCAACUGCCUAGUUCAAACGUGAAAGAAAUAUUUUCUCUACACUUACCACAGCAUAUACGUGACCGCUUUUAUAAAUCGUCUAGUCCGUCACAUGAGGGUUCACAAGACACUGUUGCUGGUAAUCGUCCACAUAGCAUUAAGUCGUAUACAAAACAUUUAGAUACUUCUGAAAUUCAAGCAACCUCUGAACCUUACACAACUUCCAAACCCUCAAGUUACUCACCAAGUCUAAAUACUUCCACUUUCCGUUCAGCUUUCAGUGACAUAAAAACCUGUAAAGCUUCCCCAUCACUGAAUGUUUCCAGGCCUCACAGAGUCUCUCUCUCUCUGGGGAACUCCUCUUCUAUGGAGGAUAGUUCAUCUUUGGGCUUCUCACAGUUCUCAGUAUCAACAUCGUCUAAUAUCUCCCUGUGCUCUGGCAUUUCACCAACCUCAAGAGCCACAUCUUCCUCAGGAGUGUCAUGUUCUGGCUUCUCUUCAUCAGGUGCUGUGUCAUCCCCUGGAGGGGUGUCUCCUCUGCAUGAUGCUACUGCUGAUUACCUCCAAGCAAAUAAUGCUGCUGUGUUAGGUCAUGUAAUGGCGACCACGUCCAGACGAAAUUUAAGAGGGAAACAAUUUCGUACAUCAUCUGAGCCUUCCUCCACCUCUGAAACUAUGCAAGCUGAUCUGUCAUCACCAACUAGUACUCUCUCUGCUCCGACGACACCCUUGGGAGAGAGAGUUUUUUCCAAUGUACCAAAUUUAAGGGAUGAAAACAUGUCUCGAUGCAUGAGUGAAGGAGAUUUGGCCCUACCAGCUGCUGAGGGAUUUUCCAAUACAUGGACGGCUCUCUCUCGUGUUAUGCAAGAAGCUGGCACCAUUCUAAAGACACUCUCGGAAACAUCUUUGGUUCUACACCAACAAAUUGUCAGUCCUAGCCAUAAAGCACCUCUGUUGCCAGUAAUUGAAGAGGGUAACGGAGGAAGUAACGGAGGAAGUAACGGAGGAAGUAACGGAGGAAGUAACGGAGGAAGUAAUGGAGGAAGUAACUCAAGUACCUCAGGCACCAAGAGCGUCACUUCUGUUGCUGUACAGACUGAUCAACAUCAAAAUGUAAAUACGAGGUCAAUGGACGCCCAGACCAGCUUUGAUUCAGUGAGUGACAGUGAGACUGCAGAUAACAAGUUAAGAUUAUCACAGACCUACCAUGAUUUCCUUUCCAAGAGAAAAUCUUUAAGAUCAAGCACAUCUGAAGUCUCCAGCUCAACUGGUGUCAGCCCAGAGUCUAAGGGAGUAUCAUUUUUACAAGAAUUGGAUAAUUUACAAAGAGAUCGUGAUCGUAUAAAUCAUAUAAUAGGCCAAUAUGAGACAACCUUCCAUCCUUCUCAUGCUCGAAGCCGAGUAAGUGACAGAAGUUUAUCCUCAGACUUAGAUUCUCCAAUAUCCAGUCUUAGGACAAGUCUGCACAACUUACCACAGUCACAUCAUGAAAGAGACUUCACGGAGUCUGGUAGUCAGUGGCGCAGCCUAAGUGCAUCUAGCAAGCGAUAUCUAGCUAUGUAUCAACGGCGGUUAGAAGAAUCUUGUUAUCAUCUCGAAGAAAGACUAAGACUCAGUGCACGAAAAAGGCAACUGCGUAAACAAAUUCUUUCCAACAAUCACAAUCAUUAUUCCAACAUUUAUGAUAAAUUGGCCUUACAUUCUUCUCUUGACUUUGCCAAAAGCCCUUUCUGUGGGCAAGAACAAAGUCCUGCUCCUGUGUCCUAUAUGUCAACAGGCUCUUUACCUACUGUAAGACCACAAAGUCCUUAUCACAGUAAGGAGGAUUCUCCUUGCUGUUGUGUAUCCCCUACACACCGACCUUACCAUAGCCAGUGUAAAUCUGCUAGUUCCUGCUCUGCACAUACUCACUGGGCUUCCUGUCAUACUUCUCCCUCUCAGAAUCUAUCCUACACUCCUCACUGUAUGAAUUCAAGGGUCCGUUUGUCCACACAACAAUGUAGAGAACAACUAAUGACCCUCAGACAUCAUUUAGUCAGUGCAUCAGGACUAGCUAGUUCUUCCAGCUCCUUAGGAGACAGCCCUCCAGGGAGGAAUCGCAGCCGCUUUAAGGAUAUCGGAAAAAGUUAUGAUACUCCUUAUCAGAGAGGCCAUUCUGCCUCCCUGUCUAGCCUUCCCAGGGUCAGCAGCAUCCCAGGCACUUGGAGACGUGGUACCACCAGGUCUUCAGCCUCCUUUGGUAGUGAGAAUGAAACAGAUAGAAUACUAUCGCGCCGGCGCGUGGAUUCUGAAUCUGAUUCUGGAGCUGGAUGGUCAUCCAGUGGUACUAGUUACCGCUAUUCUUACCACUAA